CCCUCCCAAUCAUGUGAUUCAGGUGUUCCAAUCCCCUCCCAAUCAUGUGACUCAGGUGUUCCAAUCCCCUCCCAUCAUGUGAUUCAGGUGUUCCAAUCCCCUCCCCAAUCAUGUGAUUCAGGUGUUCCAAUCCCAUCCCAAUCAAUCAUGAUUCAGGUGUUCCAAUCCCCUCCAUAUCAUGUGAUUCAGGUGUUCCAAUCCCCUCCAUAUCAUGUGAUUCAGGUUCCAAUCCCCUCCAUAUCAUGUGAUUCAGGUGUUCCAAUCCCCUCCAUACCAUGUGAUUCAGGUGUUCCAAUCCCCUCCAUACCAUGUGAUUCAGGUGUUCCAAUCCCUCCAUAUCAUGUGAUUCAGGUGUUCCAAUCCCCUCCCAAUCAUGUGAUUCAGGUGCUCCAAUCCCCUCCAUAUCAUGUGAUUCAGGUGUUCCAAUCCCCUCCCAAUCAUGUGAUUCAGGAGUUCCAAUCCCCUCCAUAUCAUGUGAUUCAGGAGUUCCAAUCCCCUCCAUAUCAUGUGAUUCAGGUGUUCCAAUCUUCUCACAAUCAU